AUGCCAAAAGUAUACAUUACAGGUGCUUCAGGGUUCAUUGCCCAACAUAUCGUGAAACUCCUUUUGGAAUCCGGAUACGAUGUUGUUGGCACUGUGCGUUCAAUAGAAAAGGGAGAUAAAUUGGCCAAAUUGAUCAAUAAUCAAAACUUUCAGUACGUUGUUGUUCCAAACAUUGCCGCUCCCGAUGCAUUCGACGAAUCUUUAAAACAGCAUAGUGAUGUUUCAUACAUUCUCCACACAGCUAGUCCCUUUACGUACACAACGACUAAUCCUGAACAAGACUUGAUCAUACCUGCAAUCGAAGGCACACGUAACAUUUUGAAUGCGGCUGACAAGAAUGCCAAACAAAUGACUAAAUUCGUCAUUACUUCAUCAGAUGCAGCAAUCUACUCAAAUGUAGAUGAGAGAAAUAACAAAUUGACUUUUAAUGAACAGUCGUGGAAUAAUAUCAAGUACAAAGAUGCUACAGUUGAUGCAGUGACUGCUUACUAUGGUGCCAAAUCAUUUGCUGAGAAAUUGGCAUGGGAGUUUAUGGAAAUGAAUACACCCUCGUUUACAUUGGUUGCUAUCAAUCCAUCCUACGUAUUUGGUCCUCAAGCUUACCAUUGUGACCCCAAUCAUCUCAAUGAGUCAAAUGUCAUGAUUGGUGAUUUAUUACAAAAGCAUGGCAAUGAAACGUUUGACAACGAAGUGGGUGGCUACAUCGAUGUUCGUGACGUUGCCAAAGCUCAUGUAUUUGCCAUGACCAAUGAGCAGGCAGCUAAUCGCCGAUUGUUUAUGAAUAAUGGUCAUUUCUCACUGCAAAUGAUGUUGGAUAUAAUCAAUGCCAAAUGGCCGGAAUUGAAUUUGAUUAAAGGCACACCAGGAAGUGGAUCUGAGGAUGUCAAAGUAUUGGCUCGCGUCGAUAACUCAUCGACAAAGAAGUUCUUACCGUGGACUUUUCUUGAUUUGGAAACGACAGUCGUUGACACUGUGCAACAAAUUUUAUCCAGCAUGUAG